GGGGAAGCUCAAGUAAUUCUUGGUUUUGUUUUAAUAGGCUCAGAUCACCAUGAAAGUAAUCCAAGGCUUAUACAGUGGGGUCACCACUGUGGAACUAGAUACUUUGGCUGCUGAGACAGCUGCGACCUUGACGACUAAGCACCCUGACUAUGCCAUCCUGGCAGCAAGGAUUGCAGUGUCCAACUUGCACAAAGAAACAAAGAAAGUGUUCAGUGAUGUGAUGGAAGAUCUCUACAAUUAUAUAAAUCCACGUAAUGGCAGACACUCUCCCAUGGUGGCCAAGUCAACACUGGAUAUUGUUUUGGCCAAUAAAGAUGUAUGUAUAAUGCUUUUCUGGUGAAAAAAUUAUUUUAUAGAUUUUUUUUUUAAAGC